CCGAGCUCCGCGUCUCUUCCACCUUCAGCCAUUUUGAACCAUGUUAGGAUCCGCUGUGGGACGCUGCUGCACCGGGGCUCUGCAGGCUCUCCGGCCCGGCCCCCUCAGGGCCCUGCUCGGGUCCCCCGCCGUCCUCUCACGUAGAGACUAUGUCGCACCCGCCGCCGCUGCUGCCGCCGCCGCCGGCCGCAUCGUGGCCGUCAUCGGCGCUGUGGUGGACGUCCAGUUCGACGAGGGUCUCCCUCCCAUCCUCAACGCCCUGGAGGUGGCCGGCCGCGAGUCCAGGCUCGUCCUGGAGGUCGCUCAGCAUCUCGGGGAGAACACAGUGCGUACCAUCGCCAUGGACGGUACCGAGGGUCUGGUCCGGGGACAGAAGGUUCUGGACACCGGGGCCCCCAUCAGAAUCCCCGUGGGCCCCGAGACUCUGGGCCGCAUCAUGAAUGUGAUCGGGGAGCCCAUCGACGAGAGGGGCCCCAUCUCCACCAAGCAGACGGCCGCCAUCCACGCUGAGGCGCCCGAGUUCACCGACAUGAGCGUGGAGCAGGAGAUCCUGGUGACGGGCAUCAAGGUGGUGGACCUGCUGGCCCCCUACGCCAAGGGAGGCAAGAUCGGUCUGUUCGGAGGAGCCGGUGUGGGGAAGACUGUAUUGAUCAUGGAGCUGAUCAAUAACGUGGCCAAGGCUCACGGUGGUUACUCCGUGUUCGCCGGCGUGGGAGAGAGAACCCGCGAGGGAAACGACUUGUACCACGAGAUGAUCGAGUCCGGAGUCAUCAACCUGAAGGACACCACCUCCAAGGUGGCGCUGGUGUACGGCCAGAUGAACGAGCCCCCCGGUGCUCGUGCCCGCGUGGCUCUGACCGGUCUGACCGUGGCCGAGUAUUUCCGUGACCAGGAGGGUCAGGACGUGCUGCUCUUCAUCGACAACAUCUUCCGCUUCACACAGGCCGGCUCCGAGGUGUCUGCCCUGCUGGGUCGUAUCCCCUCUGCUGUGGGUUACCAGCCCACUCUGGCCACUGACAUGGGAACCAUGCAGGAGAGAAUCACCACCACCAAGAAGGGCUCCAUCACGUCUGUGCAGGCCAUCUACGUGCCCGCUGACGAUCUGACUGACCCCGCCCCCGCCACCACCUUCGCUCACUUGGACGCCACCACCGUGUUGUCCCGUGCCAUCGCCGGUCUGGGUAUCUACCCCGCCGUGGACCCCCUGGACUCCACCUCCCGUAUCAUGGACCCCAACAUCGUGGGCACCGAGCACUACGAGAUCGCCCGUGGCGUGCAGAAAAUCCUCCAGGACUACAAAUCCCUGCAGGACAUCAUUGCCAUCCUGGGUAUGGAUGAGUUGUCUGAGGAGGACAAACUGACGGUGGCUCGCGCUCGUAAGAUCCAGCGUUUCCUGUCGCAGCCGUUCCAGGUGGCCGAGGUCUUCACCGGACACAUGGGCAAACUGGUUCCCCUCAAGGAAACCAUCAAGGGCUUCCAGAGCAUCCUGGGAGGCGAGUACGACGCCCUGCCCGAGCAGGCCUUCUACAUGGUGGGCCCCAUCGAGGAGGUGAUCCAGAAGGCUGAGAAGCUGGCAGAGGAGCACUCAUAAACAUCUGAACAGUCUGGUGUUGUUGGAGAAAAGAGAAAAAGAAAAGAGGGGGGGGUUCUGUGGUUCGGAGCACUUGGUUUGUAAAACAUGUCAAAAUACAAAAUGUACCUGUCUCGUCAUCCUGAAAGAAAAGUUCUAUUUAAUGUUUCCAAUGAGAGAUGGAAUAAAAACGCUGUCUUUACACAAAACGGCUGGUCAACUGUAUAUUUCCUUUCUAUGCUUCAGUAGUUUGUUUCAUUAAAGGCUGUCCUCUUCCUCUCUGACCAUGAAGGCAGUCUGAGCUUCAUGAACUGUGUUGCAGCUUGUCAAGUCCUGAAAUAAAACAGUAGACAAACCA